UGUCUGGCUAAAUUCGCGAGCAAAAAAUCAUAAUAUUUUCCGGCUGUAUUAAAAAAAUUAAGUGUGAAAUCGCACAUUAAAUGCAAAAAUAAACAGUAAAGGUACGCAACCAAACAAUUUAGUGGUAACGGAACGCAAAGGCAGGAGAAGAUUUCUUAGGUGAAAAAACAGGCGGCGGCGGCAACGCAACACGAGACUCGGCAACCAAAACGAGGUGGCAGGCAGCCGGGCGUGUGUAUGUAUGUGUGUGUGCAUCCCAAUAGGAUAAAGCUCGAGUGCAACAGCGGCAGCAGCAGCAACAACAAUAAUUGAAGACCAUGGACGUGUACGAUGUAAGCGACGAUCUGGUGAAAAAGCUAAACGACUGGAAACUAAUUGGCAUAAUAUCUGGGAAAUUUAACGAGCUUAAAGACAAUUAUUCGAAAGUGAAUUUUGUGGAACAUGCGCUUAUUGAUUUUAAGUACAUGGAGAAAAUAUUUCUCAACGUGACGUUGCGCGAGGACAAAUGCAACAAACGCAGCAAGGAGUUUCGCAUGCUAGGAAACGAACAAUUCUCUCUGAAAAACAGAAAAUACUUCCAGGCACUCGAAUUGUACAACAAAAGCAUUUGCUUUGCCGAGCUUAACUCGGAGCAUUUGUCUAUUGGUUAUGCUAACCGCUCGGCCGUGCUCUUCGCAUGGAAGCGCUACCGGGAGUGUUUGGCGAACAUUGAGCUAGCACGUAAGGCCAACUACCCGGAACGUUUGCGACACAAACUGGACAAACGAGAGCGGGACUGCCAAGAGCUGCUCGAUCAGCAGGCUCCCGACGUCGUGCCCUACGAAUUCAAGCUGAGUUUUGAUGCCCAUCCUCAGGUGCCGUACAUAGCAGACUGCCUAGAGCUUCGCGAGACUUCGGAUGAGGGCCGCUUCAUAGUCACGACACGAGAUCUGGUCGUUGGCGAUUUAGUUGCAGCCGAGCAGCCUUUCUGCUCCACCUUAUUGCCGCCCAUGCGCUACAUACGCUGCGCUAAUUGCAAGAAUGAGAACUAUCUGACGCUUAUACCCUGCGAUAACUGUUGUUCGGCCAUGUUCUGUUCAGAGCAAUGCAAGCAGCAGGCGAUGAGCACGUUCCAUAAGUACGAGUGCCCCAUCAUUGACUUUUUACAUCGUAUGUUCAACAAAAUACAUGGAAUAGCGUUGCGCACUACACUAUCCGCUCUCGAUCUGCACGACAGUAUUGAGGAUUUAAUGGCGUAUUGUGAGCUGCCGCACAAUCAGAAUAAAUGUGCUUUCGAUCUGGACUAUUCGAACCUAACACCACAGGAACAUUAUCGUGCCAUACACGGUCUGGUGACGAAUCGACAACUACGUACGGUUUCGGAUUUGUUUCAGCGUUCAGUUGUUUGCGCUAUACUCAAGCACUUUAUCAUCGAGUAUACGCCACUGAAGGAAUUGCUGGGCGGAGAAGAGGGUCGAAACUUUUUUACGGAACUGCUGUUUCGACAUCUGCAAACAUCACCCUCGAAUAUGCAUGGCAUCGAUCUUGUUGAACAAGUCAACGAGACCAAGGACGAUCAAACGCAUUCGUCCGGCGCCUAUGCCUUCCUGUCGUUGCUCAACCAUUCGUGUGCACCCAAUACACUGCGCAUAUAUGAGGGCACCAAGGCUUAUUUGUUUGUCCUGCGACCCAUCAAGGCUGGUGGCGUGCUUUACGAUAACUAUGGAGCACAUUUUGCCAUUUUCAGCAAGAAGCAACGGCAAGAAACGCUAUCCAUGCAAUAUCGCUUUAACUGCAAGUGCGAGGCCUGCGAGUUGGAGUACCCGACCUUUGGGCGCAUGCCUCACAAAGACACGGUACCGUCGGUCAACGAUGACACGGACAUGAAGUCAUUGGGUGCCUACAACUAUGAUUUUGCGGCGCGCAACUAUCGUAAGUACUGUGAUUUCCUUACGCAAUACGCCGCUGCCUAUCCCUGCGAGCAAAUCAGUUCGGCUGAGGAGUGCCUCAAGAUGGCACUGCACAUAUUGGUCGAUGCGGUGCCACUCAAGGCGAAAAUGUAAGCUGCUCCACAUACAUAUGGCACUGCCCAACGCCGCCUCACUAUCGAUAUACACCCACCAAGUUACACGGUACUGCACACUGAAAAGUGGCGAUUGAUGUUUGGACGUAGAGGACAGAGAGAAAGUAUGACUACGUAACUAUUUAUAAUGAAUGAUUUGUUGCCAUAAGUUUACAUUGUAGCCGGCAAGUGACAACUGUUGAAUUGAAUUCUUCGCGCUAUCAAAUUUGCAAUACUGUUGCGUACACAUACUUACACAUUUAUUCACCUGCAUAGACACACAUUUUAAUAAUUGUACAAUUUUUUGAACAUUUAAUUCUCAUUUAUUUCGGUCCAACACUUACACACAUAUGCCUAAGACAAAAAGAUUUAAAUUAAAGUUAAAAACCAAAAUUACAAUUGCAUGUCGGUCAAGCAAGCUCAAAAUUUUUAUUGUUGAUGAAUCACCAAUGUCUUCGAAAUUGUAAAAAGAAAAAGAUUUUGUAAUUAUUUUACAAAGAGGAAAAACCAAAACCUUAAAAAGAAUACAAACAUGAUUUUUAGCAAA